UAUAAAUAUACUGCCGUUAUGUCAUUUGUAAAGCUGUGACAAAAUUGUAGUUUUAGGAUUUGGUAACACAAACGUUCAUGAUGGAAAAAGCCGGUUUUGACGAUAUAUCGAGCGGAUAUUCGAGAUCUGGGGAUCGAUCUAGACCCCAGCAGCUGCAGCAGCCGCAACAAGCGGUCUAUACUCAGCAGCAAGUUUAUUACGGACAGCCACAAGGCUACAUGUACCACCAACAGGCUGGCCACGUUCAACAAGGUUUUGGCGGCGCGCAAGGACACGUCGUGGUUUUAGCACAGCCACAGCCGUCGUCGGUACCGUUAGGGCAACGACCUACCGACUUUCUGGUGCCUUCGAUAUUUGCUUGUUUGUGUUGCUUCUUGCCGACUGGGGCCGCCGCAAUCUAUUUUGCAGUGCAGUCCGGGAAUGCGCUUAAUAGUGGAGAUCUGGCGAAUGCCAACCGUUAUUCGGUGACUGCCCGGAACCUUAUGGUCAGCAGUAUUGUGAUUGGAGUGCUCUGGAUCGCCGCAGUCAUCGCGGGGUAUUUUGUGUCUUAUAACAAUUAACAAAAUAAUGAUGACGCAAUGAUGGGUGUCAUAUGUAAUUGGCAAUUCAUUUGCUUCAAUUAAAUUUACUAAUUCUACAUAUUUUUUCCUCUAAUCUUUGUUAAAUAUAAUUAAUAUUGCAUGUCGUGAUGAUUAAUCUGCUAAACAUGCUUUUUAAUUGGGGUUUAAAAUGUUUUACUGUAAAUUGUUUAUAACACGAGAACGUUAUUUCAUGUACAGUGUAUUUGUAUUUAAAAACCGGUAAAUGCUUAUGAAUAACUUACUAUAUCCAAAUGCCGUGGUAUAUUAAGCAUAAUAAAUGUUUACAAUGUUUACCAAAGAUUUACAUAAAAUGUAUUUUUAUGUUAAUUGUUGCUGUUGGCAUUUUUUCAUUUCGUUUGAUUUCUUUGGGAUAUUUUGUUUCCAUACAGAUACAUUUGAUUAUACAUAACAAAUGUAUGUCUGGAUUUUAAACAAUAAUUGCGACUCAUUCGAGAAAUCUUAAUUCGAUGAUCUUAACAUUAAAAUAUUUGAUACUAUGUAUCUAAAUAGUAAUAGUUUAUGAUGGUGUGUUAUGACGACGUUUUGUGUAUUCUAAACACAGUUUUCUCUUAUUUGCAUGAAAUCCUUUGUAAUAACAUUAUUAGUAACUUUAUUGGAAUUUUUCUUUUUUUAUUGCAAUUUUAUUUAUGAUUUUGCUUUUUAAAAUUUCUUUACAUUCUUAUGUGUUGUGAAUAACUCAAUUCUAAGAAAGAGUAGUUGGAUGUACACAAACGGUGUUACCCCACCUCCCAACUCGACAGACCGAUCCAUUUUAUGUUAAGAAAACAAUUACGGGUAUGUAAAACGUUAACAAAAAGCAUUUCAAUUAAAAAUCUAACAUUUCCAUUUUACAGGCCUUUUUAUAGUCCUAAUGUAAUUUAUGUUGGGAGCGUAGCUUUGUUUUACCUCGGUUUUGACAAUAUACAACACUAUACAAUGUUGUUGUCUCACCCAGUAUUACAUGUUGCUCAUUUUGUAAAAGACUAGAAUUUCAAUUUAAACAAUAUUUGUAGCAAAAUAUUAGAUUUAUAUACUAGCUAAAAAUUAUAAUAAUAUUUAAUAGUACAAUAUAUAAACCUCUAAGAACACCUGUAUAGUACAGCUUAUGAUAUAUGGUUAUACUUUUCUUGUUUCUCUAUAUUUGUCAUUGAAUUGUUUUUCAAACAUAGCUUCAGAUAUUUUGCAUAUGCA